AUGUCUCGAAGCAAGCCAACACUUGCUGCAGAUCAUAGGAAGAAUGCGGAACACGAGAAAAAACUUGGAAUUUUAAUUCAACAGAAAGACAAGCUUCAGAAGCGAAGUGAAUUUUUGAAUACGGAGUUGAACACGGUGAAAAAUGAGCUAAAUAUGACAAUACAGGAAAGAGGCCGAAUGCAGCAGUUUUGGAAUGUUGCGGAGAUUCAUGGCGAAAACGAGAAGAAUCGGGCGAUAAAUACUGAAAAAAUAAUGUUUGAGAUAAAAACGAAACAAGCCGAGCAAGUUCAGAAAUUGCAACAAAAAAUUCGUUCGUUGGUUCUAAAUGCUAAAACGCAUCGACAUGCAUCAACUCAAUCUGAUCCGAUUCCUCCGACUGGAAGCUUGAUCAAUAGUGAUAGCCAGACAGUUGAUGGGCUUACCAAUGAAAAAGCGAAUAGUCUUCUACGGCAAUCUGAUGAUCUUCUUAUGGCAUUUGUUAGCGAACUUGAGAAGGAAAAAUUAAAUGCGCAAAGCGAUUUAAAGUACGCAAUUGUUCAACUUGAACAGCGAAUGAAAGAAGAGAUGGAAUGUCAGAUGAAGAAUAUGCGGGAAGAGCGUGAAUUGGAGAUGGAAGAAAUCGGAUUGAAACACAUUGAACAGCUGCGAUCUCUAGAAUCUCAACAUUCUGAAGAACUGGCGAGACUUCAUGGUCGAAUUGAAUUCCUGCAGAAGGAAUCUGCUACUCUCAGAGAUAUACGUGAAGCUUUAACGGUAAACUUAGAAAGCUCGAAAUUGAAAUUGGUAGAUCAAGCAGCGGAAAUGGGAGCUCUGCAAGCCGAAAUUGAAGAAGCUAAAAAGGAAUUAAUGGAAUUAAGAACAUAUAAGGAAUCAUUUCAAAGAGACAUUCGAAAUGUCGAAUUAAUGAAGAAGGAAGCUGAAAAGUAUAAAGAAUUGAAUGAAAUUAUUAUCGAAGAGUUUGGAAAGAUUGAACAAGAACGAGACGAUUUAUUGGAAGAACUCGAACGGCAUCUGGGGCGAAUUAAUCUUGAAAAUAGGAAAAAAUAUAACAACAUUCAAAAAUUCGACAUUAAAGGUCUUUUAAAAAAGUGA